UUCAACACUUUGGGAGUGAAAUAGAAAGUUUUUAGUUUGUAAAUAAACACGAAAUACUCGAUCACUGUCUCUUAAUAUAGGUUUAAAAUAUUUAUUCAAAAUGUUUUCGGUAACUUGUGUAGCCCCUGUUAAUAUUGCUCUAAUAAAGUAUUGGGGAAAGCGCCAUGAAGAUUUAAUUCUACCUGUUAAUGACUCGUUAAGCAUGACGCUAAGCACAAAUGAGCUUUGCGCGAAGACAACAAUAACUGCCUCAAAGAGCUUCGAAGACAAUCGGAUGUGGCUGAAUGGCGAGGAAGUCUCUAUUGAAGAAAGCUCACGUCUUACUCGCUGUUUAAAGGAAGUUCGCCGUCUGGCUCUGGCCACUGGUUUUCAGAAGGUAUCACCAUCAUGGAAAGUACACAUUGCAUCGGUCAACAAUUUCCCCACCGCCGCUGGACUUGCAUCCAGCGCCGCUGGUUAUGCCUGCUUAGUGUAUUCUCUAGCCCGUCUGUACGACAUUCCAUUGAGCGAUGAGCUAACUACUGUGGCUAGGCAGGGCAGUGGGUCAGCAUGUCGCAGUUUGUUCGGUGGAUUUGUCCAAUGGCAUCGUGGUGUCCUGGAAGACGGCACUGACUCGGUAGCCAAACAAAUUGUACCGUCCCAGCAUUGGCCCAACAUGCAUGUCCUCAUUUUGGUGGUGAAUGACCAACGCAAGAAAACUGCCUCUACAAAGGGAAUGCAGAAUUCGGUUAAUACAUCGAAGCUUAUUCAUCAUCGAGCCGAUAAAGUUGUUCCCGAAAGGAUAAAUCAAUUGAGAGAAGCUAUUCAAAACCGGGACUUUCAGACAUUCGGAGAAAUAACUAUGAGGGACUCGAAUCAGUUCCAUGCAAUCGCUAUGGACACCUAUCCUCCGUGCGUGUAUAUGAACGACGUGUCCCAUGAGAUCGUAUCGUUUGUGCAUUCUUACAACGAAAUAAUGGGAUCCUUACAAGCAGCAUACACCUUUGAUGCCGGACCGAAUGCCUGUCUGUACGUUUUGGCGGAACACGUCCCGCAGCUAGUUGGCGCCAUUCAAAAGGUAUUUCCCAAUGACUUACUUGAUAGUACCGAAUACUUACGGGGGCUUCCUAUUUCGACUGAAAAUCUGGAGACUUCUCAGAGCAAUAAAAUUAAGUUAUUAGGCAUUGAGCCCAAGAAGAAUUCAAUUAAGUAUAUAAUUCAUACGGAGAUUGGCCAAGGACCAAGUCGUUUGGGGGAAGAUAGUAGUCUAUUGAUAAACGGGCUUCCACUGAACCAAUAACACAGUGUUUUGCCUUUUUAUAUUAAUUUUUAUAAAGUAUUAAACUUUUGUAAAGAUUUUUAAAGUACAGUAAUUGAAUAUAUUACUUUGGUCCGAGCAGACACAGUAAUUGAAAAAGAAAAACUUUUUAAGAAACAGAAUCAGGUCUAUUGUAAUGAUAACAAUGGUUUUGGUUUCAAAUGUUAUCUGGAUGAAUAAUUGUUAAAUAAAUCCUUUGGCGAAAUUUAUAAACAUUUAUUAUUUAAUUUAAUUAAGCAAAACAAAUGAAACAGUAAAAUAACGUAUGAGAAUAAUCAAUUGAUUCACCAAAAGAUGACGCAAAAAAGCUUAAAAGAGGUAAUAGGCAUGAAAUGUAACGAAAUCAGGAGAGUUUCGAACAGGUGCAUUCAUUCCUCACACAGA